AUGGCUCAACCACACGAACUCAACACCGACCCCGACCGUCUUCUCUUCGCCUACUGGGUCCCCAAUGUCUCUGGCGGCCUCGUGGUCUCCAAAAUCCCCCAAAACACCUCUUCCUCUCUCAAAUCCAACCUGACCUACGCCCGCACCGCCGAACAGCACGGCUUCGAAUACGCCCUCACCCAAAUCCGCUUCACGGCCCUCUACGGCGCCUCGGAACAGCACGAGUCCGUCUCCUUCUCCCAGGCCCUCCUCCACGGCACCGAAAAGCUCAAAGUCAUCGCCGCCAUCCUCCCCGGCCCAUGGACACCAGCCGUCGUUGCCAAGCAGCUCGCCAGCAUCGACAAUUACACCGACGGCAGAAUCGCCGUCAACAUCGUCUCGGGCUGGUUUAAGGGCGAGUUCCACGCCAUUGGGGAGUGGUGGCUGGAUCACGCCGAGAGAUACAGACGCUCGAAUGAGUUCAUGAGGUGUCUGCGUGGUAUCUGGACCGCGCCCAAGGAUGAGGGCUUCACCUUUUCGGGAGACUUUUACCGGUUCAAGAAUUACAAGCUGGCGCCUAAGCCGGUGCAGAAGCCGCACCCGCCUAUCUUUCAGGGGGGGAAUAGUGAGGAUGCGAGGGUGAAUGGGGCUGAGGUGGCGGAUUGGUAUUUUAUGAAUGGGAAUGAUCUCGAGGGGUUCAGGGCGCAGAUUCAGGAUGUCAAGGCGAGGGCUGCCAAGGUUGGCAGGGAGGAGCACGUCAAGUUUGCGGUGAAUGGGUUUGUGAUUGUGAGGGAUACCGAGGAGGAGGCGAUUAGAGUGCUGCAGGAGAUUCAGGGCAAGGCCGACCAGGGUGCGAUUGAGGCGUUUGCGCAGGAAGUGAAGAACGCUGGCCAGAGCACCAAGGAGAAGCAGGGCAUGUGGGCGACGAGCACGUUUAAUGAUCUGGUGCAGUAUAAUGAUGGGUUCAAGACCAAGUUGGUCGGUACCAAGGAGCAGGUGGCCGAGAGAAUUGUGUUGCUCAAGGCUUUGGGUGUCAACCUGCUCUUGACUGCCUUCCUUCAUUACGAUCAGGAGGUUGAGCAGUUUGGCAAGGAGGUGCUUCCGCUGGUACGGAAGCUCGAGGCCGAGGGACGUGGCAAGGACGUCGCGUAUGAGAUUGAGAGGACUGGUGCCGUUUAUCAGAAGCACUAA